UACAUAUCCCCCAAAAACACAAGACUCCUGUUUUUGUCUUCUUUCUUAUCCUUACUUGUCCGUAUUUCACUUGCGAUAAAUGGCACCGCCUAUUCUGAGCCGGACCGCCGCCGUCGAGCCAGCGAAAUCGGCCGCCGGCGGCCACCGGAGCAUGGCUUACGUCACGUUUCUGGCAGGAUCCGGCGACUAUGUGAAAGGUGUAAUCGGGCUGGCCAAGGGGUUAAGGAAGGUCAGAGCUGCUUACCCGCUCGUCGUGGCGGUGCUGCCAGACGUGCCGGCGGAGCACCGCCGCAUGCUGGUGGAGCAAGGAUGCACGGUGAGAGAGAUCCAGCCGAUUCACCCGCCGGAAAACCACACCAAAUUCGCCAUGCCUUAUUACGUCAUUAACUAUUCUAAGCUCCGUAUUUGGGAGUUUGUGGAGUACAGCAGGAUGAUAUACCUGGAUGGAGACAUUCAGGUUUACGACAACAUAGAUCAUCUGUUCGAACUGGAAAUGGGAGAUGGAGAGGAAUAUCUGUACGCAGUGAUGGAUUGUUUCUGCGAGAAGACAUGGAGCCACACUCCUCAGUACAACAUCGGCUACUGCCAGCAAUGUCCCGACAGAGUGCCCUGGGCCUACUCCAAGCCCCCUCCCCCGCCUUACUUCAAUGCCGGAAUGUUCCUCUUCCGGCCAUCUCUCUCCACUUACCACCACCUCCUCCACACCCUCGCCGCCACCCCCCCUACUGCCUUUGCUGAGCAGGAUUUCUUGAACAUGUACUUCAAGAAUGUGUACAAGCCAAUCCCCAAUGCCUACAACUUGGUGCUAGCCAUGCUGUGGCGCCAUCCCGACAACGUCGACCUCCACGAGGUCAAGGUCGUUCACUACUGCGCCGCGGGUGCCAAGCCAUGGCGCUACACCGGCAAGGAAGAGAAUAUGGAUAGAGACGACAUUAAAAUGCUCGUAAACAAGUGGUGGGACGUGUAUAACGACAAAACAUUAGACUACAACAACAGUGGUGGAGAGACAACUAAGGUGGCUCUUGCCGAGCCCGAGAUGCCGCCUAAAGUAGCCCUAGUCGAACCCGGCAUCUGCUAUAUCCCGGCCCCUUCUGCAGCCUAGUUCGUGUCAGAUUAUCGGAUCGUCAGUGUGGAGAAUAAUAAAUGCUACUACUAUAAAGCGUGCUUCUCUCUUUUUUUUUUUUUUUUUUUUGUAUGUGGAGAGUAUUAUAUAUAUAUAUAAUAUGAAGUCGCUAGUUACUUGAGAGUAUGAGAAAUAUUACCUUGUUGAUACCCAAACCUCCAAAUUCAGUUGCUCACACCACCAUGCAUCAUUAUAUUGAAGGUUAAAGAGAGAAUGAAUCCACAAAGAUAGGAAUGUGUUAAAACAAAGUUAGGGAAGAAAAAAAGAAAAAAAAAAAAAAAAAAAACAAAACAAAA